AUGAAGUACAUCGCCAUCCUCAUCGCCACCCUGGCCGCCAGCGUCAUGGCCCAGAACAACAAGAACGACAACUGCGGCUUCCCUGACGGCCCCGACUGCGAGUCUGUUGGCGAGGGUGCCAGCGGCCUGGAACAGUUCACCGACCCCGCGGGUGUCGACGCCGGCUGCUGUCUUCUCCCCUCCCGCUGCAACAACGAUGGUGGCGAGAGGUGUGAGCGGGUCUAA